AUGGUUAAUGAGGAUCCGACAACGCAGCAGCAAAGACGCGAUUGUCCCAAUGUACACAUGAGUAUGCACGGGAAAUCCGCGGUUGCAUGGCGCAGGUGCCGCAUUGUCAUUCCUAUUUACAGUCAUCCGCACUGGCACCGUAGACUGGGAAUCGCACUGACUUGGCCCAGCUGCGGAAGGUCUUGUAUGUACAUAGCGUAG